GUUUUCGAGAUCAGUCACGAGAUGUAGCAUGGCCGACAAGUGGGAGGUGAAAGCAUGUGGGGAGUCAAAAAGGUCAACAGAUAUCGAUAAAGCAGUCGAUCUUUAUAGGGAUACCCCCGUGAGAUAUUUAGGUUAUGCAAAUGAGGUUGGUGAAGCUUUUCGAUCAUUGGUACAUGUAAACUUAGUAAGAUUCAGUUAUGUGGUAGCAAGCAGCUAUGUUAUUGCAGAUGCUUACAACAAAGGAAAUAUAGCAUCAGAGAAAAAAUGGAAGGAUCCAAGUACAAAACGUACAAAAGUGACCCAUGCAGUGCUUGACACUUUGGUGUGGCAGGGCCUUGCCUCUGUAGCUAUCCCAGGCUUCACCAUCAACAGAAUAUGCUUCGUCUCCAACUGGAUUUUACAGAGAAGUUUACAAAAGAUGCCAACUCCAGUCAGAAAGUGGACAGUUACUGGUAUUGGACUUGCAGCAAUACCCUUCAUAAUCAAGCCUAUAGAUAGAACUGUAGACUAUCUAAUGAAUAACUCAAUGAGAAAAUGGUAUCACAUGGAUAGCGAGGAAGAGCAGUUGGUUCACCACGAAAGAAAUGAUUAAAGUUUUGUAGUAAUUAUACAUGAUUUUAUUGUAAUUAUUGUUAUAGUUGCUUAAAUAUUAUAUAUUAUAUUUAGCCAGUAUUAUAAACUCAGGGUAGAGUGAAAGGUUGCUAGUUUAAUGCACAAAUUUGAGGAUAGCCAGGAUUAAAAAAAUUCCUUUAAUUUACUGCUUAUUGGUAAAAUACAAUUCCUGGUGAGUUCUGACAGUGAUAAACCUUUGCUGACUGGUCAUUUGGGAUUGUGGAUCUCACAAAACUAUUUGUCCAAAUCAAAGUUUACUAGCCAGUGAUGACAAAUUUUAUGACAGAUGGCUAAUUUUAUUUCGUUUUAUGUCUAAGCAUGUCACUAUUAUUUGAGUCCUCUAAGAAAUAGGUAGAAGUGUUUUAUGUGUUAAAGGGAACCCAUACUCUCAUUAGCCAUUUAAUAAGGCACAUCUACUUGCAAAUUACCUUGGGAUGAUGGCUU